AUGUCGUUAAAAUACAGCAUACAACAAGACCAACACAAUCUCCUUCCAAAACAUCGAAUACGGCGCAACCAUCCUUAUGUGCCUGGUUGUUGGUCAACAGCUAUCAGAGGCAUUGCUUUUCGUCAUCGAGAGCCUGUGUCACCACCUGAUAACCAUAAAGCCAAAAAUGACAGAUACGAUAUCCUCGCCGUACUAGAAUCCAUUGGCACGGGCGCGUAUGCUCAAGUACGGCUAGGUGUUGGAAGCGACUAUAACCUAUACGCUAUAAAGACCUUUCGACCACGUUCCAAAAAGGUGUCCCAUCGCUCAUUCUUGAAGGCUAUCAGCUCCGAAUACUGUAUUGCAGCAACAAUGGACCACCCCAACAUAAUCAAAACAUUGGAUUUCAGCAUCGACCAAAGUGGUCAUUAUUUUACGACAAUGGAAUAUUGUGCAGAUGAAGACUUGUGUAGUGCCAUUACGCAUGGGAGUUUGACCAAAGAGGAGAAGUAUUGCUUUUUCAAACAAAUCCUUCAAGGCGUGAUGUACAUGCAUUCAAUGGGUGUAGCUCAUCGUGACAUCAAGCCAGAGAAUAUCUUAAUUCAUGGACAUCUUGUGCGGAUUACCGAUUUUGGUCAAGCGUCGGUUAUGCGUGAUGCAUGGCAUUCAAACAACCAGCUAUGUUUUGGCGUAUGUGGUACUGUAUGCUAUGCAGCCCCCGAGGUGUUUGUUUCAUCCACAGGCUACGAGGGCGAUAAAGCUGACAUGUGGUCCGUUGGGAUGGUGCUGUAUGUACUCCUAUAUGGUGACCUGCUUUUUACAAGCGCCAAAACUACCAACCCCUACUAUCGUUCCUUUGUUCGUCAACAUGCUAUGCGACGCUUUUCAUUCUUUGAUCGUUUGGAUCCUGAAGUCACUGAAACGCUUUAUCAUCUCCUUGAUCCCAAUCCAGCUACUCGUUAUACGUGCAAACGUACCCUGCUUAUGCCUUGGAUCACCAACAUUCAAGCUUGCAAGCCGAGUACCCGAAAGCAUGAUCAUUGUAAUCACCACGUGCGCAAAAAGUUGACACCUUUAAGCAAGCAUAUAAUGUCCCUGUUGUAA